AUGAGUGAAUCGGGUACAAACUUACCGAAAAGGAAAAGGUAUUAUAGAAAAAAUAAUAAUAACAUUCGACAUGACACAACUAAUAACGAUAAAAUACGAGAACCAACUCCUGAAGUAUUAUCAGAUCAACUCAAUGGCAACAUAAGCAGAGGGGAAAAGAUUAUACACAACAAAGCUUCUGAGAAAUUGUCAAGAAUUAGCAUUAAUGAGAAUAACAAACAACAAAAAUCUACUUCUUCUAGGACAAACUCAUCAAAAAAGACUAAUUAUAAGCGAUAUACCUCUGACUUUAAUUUAUCUAUAAUCGAUGAUAGUGCUGAAUUAAAAUCAUCAGAAGACCAGAAUAUUAGAAAAGAGGAGAUCGAAUGUUGUCUUAGACAAUUAAGUCAUUAUUCUUUCAAGUUAUUUAAUAAAGGUAAAUAUGUCGAAUCAUUUGGUUUUAAUCAUAAACUGUUGGACAUAUCCGGUAAUAAAAAUCAAAUUAGACUCUUGAUUAGCAUACCCAAUGAUUAUCCCAAAUCACCCGUCAAGGUAAACAUCGCAAAUAAGAAAAAUCCCGAUUAUCCAAAGGUUCAAGAAGAAAUUUUUCAAUUAGUAAAGAAUUUUAAUAUGAAAUCAAAAGAUCUUUUGUUGAAGAAAUAUCCUAUAAUAGCACAAAUCAAUUACUUGGUUCAAAAAAAAGAUAUUUUAAUGAACCCAUCGUUUAAAAACAUAGAUGACAAAGAACAACAAUUUUAUAAAGAUAUUUAUGUUUAA